UUUUGGCGUUGCGUGUGCUUUCUUUUCUGUUUUAUUUUAAUUUUAUUCUUUAUUUCAGUUCUAAAAUGUUAUUUCCUUGUAAUUAAAAUACGUUAGCACGUAUUUGAGUUCCUAUUUACUUGUUUAUUUAAGUUUUGCACUGUAAUUUUACCUUUUAUUGACCAUUUUGUUUGGUUGAAAUGGAGAAUAAGAAAAAUGUUGAAAAGAGGAAGAACCACUGUAAUAUUUGUGAUAAAACUAUCGUGGGGAGCUCGUAUAAGUUUAAGGCUCACUUGUACAAACACAAAGCGGUGCAAUCUCGCUUCAAAUGCUCGUUUUGUUCGAAGGAAUUCUUUCGAUCUGAUGCCUACUCCAAGCAUGUUGACACACACACAGGUGCCAGCCCAAAGAAGACAUACAUCUGUGACCACUGUGACCGUGGCUUUGUGAAUAAACGCAACCUCCUCCUCCACUUGAAAAUCCACGACGACUCCCUCGAGCAUCCAUACAAAUGUGUUGCAUGCGGUGUCACCUACUGCGAGGAACGGCUCCUCAAAUACCACAUUCGUAAAACCCACUACAACCUACACCUUGAUGAGACACCGCAUAUCAUGAAGGAAAUAAACGAAACAUGGGUUGAACGGGUUAAGGAAAGCCAAGUAUGCGUUCAGAUGACUAAAGUGAACAAUAACACUUUAUCUAUUCAAAAAUAUGGCACUUUGAAGGAGGAGAAUGAGAAAAACAUAAAUAUGGACAGUGAAAAAGUACGGUUUAAAGAGUAUAUUACCUCAGUAUUUGCUCAGAAAGAUAAAUCACAGUAUUCCAAAGCGACUUGCGACUAUUGUCACAAGGAGAUGCUGAAAAAGAGUCUUCUCUCUCAUAUAAGAGAACGACAUCUUAAAAUUCGUAAAUUCAAAUGCGAGAAAUGUAACUGUACAUUCAAAAGACAUUAUCAAAUGGUUGAUCAUGUGUGUGGGAAGUAUAGGCAGAGACGGAGGAAAAAGUAAUAUUCUUGUUAAGUUUCGAUGGCAUAUAAUUGUCUUAAUUUAACUUGCCAUCGCAAAAUUUACAUUUAAGUUUGUUUUGCCGUAAUUGGCAACCCUUUUUUAUUAGCUUGUUUUAUAUUUUUUUAUAGCAUGGUAACACCAGUGACGUCACUAAACACAUUAUUAGGGUGAACGCGCACUUAGAUGAGAAUCGUCGCAUUUUGCAGCCAAAUGCGGGUCGUGCGGCGCGGAUAGGUGCGCGACUGCGCGAUGUUACAUUGCAUACAAUUCAUACAGAGAUAUAUAAAAUGCGAUGUUAUAGGCGCGUGCGGCUCCUUUGCGGCUUAGAUGCGCGUUCACCAUUAGUUUUAUUUUUUAUAUCUUGAUAGUUGGCUUUAUUAACUUACAUGACACAACACAGCAAGUCUUCCAUACAUCGCGUAGAAUAUAUUAUUUAAUUUAUUGACACUUUUUUAAGGAGGUGUUGGACACUCGUUAUUUGAUACAUAAUAUCUAUUAUGUAAAUGCCGGUCGCGCAUCUAGAGUACGCGCUGCGAACGAAGUCCCGCGGAUAUUAAUGGAACUAAAUGACAAGUCAUAAUAAUUAUAUGCAGAUACUGCGACACUAGCGCGGCGGCCGCGGGACUUCUUCCGUUCAAUUAUUUUGUACCGACACUGCAGACCUUUUUGAUAGGACAGAAUAAUACAGGGUGUUAGUGACAUCGUAACGAAUACUGAGGGGGUUGAUUCAGACCAUGAUUCUGAGUUAAAAUCAAGUGGAAUUUUCCGUCGCAAAAUUCAUGAUUUUUUUUUAGUUUUUUUUUUAAUAUUUUCAAUUCUAUACUUUUGCGAUGGAAAAUUCCACUUGAUAUUAACUCAGAAUAAUCAGAUGAAUCAUCCCUCUCAGUAUUCGUUACGAUGACACUUACACCCCGUACAAGUACAUACGGUAGCCAUAUAAGUAGGUAUGGGUGUUAGUGACACCGUAACGAAUACUGAGGGGGAUGGUUCAGACCAUGAUUCUGAGUUGAUAUCAAGUGGAAUUUCGUGUCAAAAAAAUUCAUGAAAAUUUUUCUUUUCUUUUUAAUUAUUUUCUAAUCCAUACUUUUGCGACGGAAAUUUCUACUUGAUAUCAACUCAGAAUCAUGGCCUGAACCACCCCUCAAAGUUUUCGUUACGAUGUCACUAACACCCUGUAUUAUAAUUAUUCUAACUUUAGAACUAUUACAACCAUGUCGAAACAAAUACGCUAUGUAGAUGCGACAGGGUUUUUAAGGUUCGUGGCGUUAAUAUAGAAGUAUUUUAGAGGGCAAGUCAAGCAGCACAUUCUCAAUUCUCCUCUUAUUUUUAUAUUUACGAUCUUCUUUGAAUUGCUCUUAAUAAUAGUAUGUCGGUGCACUUAUAUUAUUUAUUUUAUUUUGCACUGUCUAUCCUGCUAAGUUUUUAUUAAAUUUAUUUCCUAUACCUCAAGGUUGUCUGGAUGAGAUUGCAACCUUAGCAGUAAGGCCGCCUGUUGUACUGUCGAGCUGAUUAUAAUUCUUUAUUUUUAAUAUUUAUUUUAAAUGCAAUAUAAAGAGUUUUACUCUUGAACAAAGGUUGAACAUGAGCAAUCAAAAAGUGCAUGUAACUUUUUUCUUUUUAUUUUUUUUUAUAUUACUUGAAGGAAAAAUUGUUGUUGUUGUGUUUUACGCACAAAAUUAAAGACUGACAUUAAAAUUGUUACAUUGUAAGUGCCUCGGAAAAUUACGAUUACGAUUGUUAGAAAUACAUAUAAUUAUUAGAUAUUGUUAGAUGGUUAAGAAGUUUAUUUACAAAUAUAUGAAGCCUAUAUCAACUUUUUAUUGAAAAACUAUACAGGGUGUUAGUGACAUCGUAACGAAAACUUUGAGGGAUGAUUCAGGCCAUGAUUCUGAGUUGAUAUCAAGUGGAAUUUUCCGUCGCAAAAGUAUGGAACGGAAAAUAAUAUAAAAAAGGUCUAAAAUUUUCAUGACUUCUCCGACAGGAAAUUCCACUUGAUAUCGUCUCAGAAUCAUGGCCUGAAUCAUCCCCUUCAGUAUUCGUUACAGUGUCACAUACACCCAUACCUACUUGUAUGGCUACUGUAUGUACUUGUAUGGGGUGUAAGUGACAUCGUAACGAAUACUGAGAGGGAUGAUUCAGCUGAUUAUUCUGAGUUAAUAUCAAGUGGAAUUUUCCAUCGCAAAAGUAUAGAAUUGAAAAUAAUUUAAAAAAACUAAAAAAAUAACAAGAAUUUUGCGACGGAAAAUUCCACUUGAUAUUAACUCAGAAUCAUGGUCUGAAUCAUCCCUCUGAGUAUUCGUUACGAUGUCACUAACACCCUGUAUUUUGAGUAUCUUAUAAAUUUAUUGCAUGGUUACUUAAUUAAAAAUGUAGUAGGUGUUAGUGAUAUCGUAAUGAAAACUGAGAGGUGAUUUAGAUGGUCUGAAUUUCUAUUUCGUUCUAUAUAAGAAUUAUGUAGGUAUUAUUAUAAACAAGUGCCUUAAAUGUAUAGUUUAAAAAGAUGCUCGGUGAAGCGUCGUUAUUUAUACAUAUUUAGUUCAUCAUGUGAUGGAUGUACCUUAGACUACUCCAAUUGAGAAUGUGGUCGUGUGCUUUGUACGUAUUCUUCCUAUGCAUUGCGCGUGGGCAUAAAGUUGGUUGCAUGUUAUACUACGAUUUAAUUUCAAUAAAAUACGUAAGUAUUAUAA